UUAAACACUUUCUAUGCACACCUUCAGUCUAGGAGAUGUGGAUACUAUGGAUCAGGCCAAUUUGUACAUCAACGAUUUGAGCCUGCACGACUCGAGCAGAGAUAUGAUGUUGGUACGCGAGCAGAAUUCCGCGGAGCUGCAUCUGGCACUAGAACAGGUGAGAGUAUGAGUGGCGGAGUCGGUGUUUUGUUGAAAGCAUUUCUUGAAUUCUGA